ACAUACAACAACAACUGUCUCAAUCGAUCAGAUAAGAUUGCAAGAAUUUUCGUUGUUCCCUUUGCUGAAUUCGGAUUAAACAGCGGGCUCGAUUACAAUGCUGAUAAUAAAUGCAGGCACUUGAACUCCACAAUCAAUGGAGAGUGCAAAACGAUAGCCGCAUUCACCACUAGCCCACAGUCGAGCGUUGUUUUUCUGCCAGGCCAGACGCUUUGAUAUCAAAAUUGGUCAACAACAAAAGUCUCUGAGAAUGGUCGAUAAUGCUGGAGCCACAGUGCCAAAUGGCUUGGCUAAAGUGCAGCCACUGGAGCUGCUCUUCAGGCAGGUGAGCUACAAGCUGAAGGGCUCAAAUCAGUCGAAGAAUCUAAUUCUAAAUGAAACCUGUGGAGCGUUUCGAGCGGGUCGUCUGACGGCCAUACUGGGUCCCUCCGGUGCCGGGAAGUCCACACUGCUGAACGUCUUGGCUGGAUUUAAGGUCAGCGGUGUAUCCGGACAGUUUCUGCUCAAUGGACAGCCGAGAGAUUUGCUAGCGUUUCGCAAAAUGUCCUCGUAUAUAGCGCAAAACUUUGAGAUGCUCUCGCUGCUCACGGUGCAGGAAACGUUGCGCGUUUCCGCUGAUCUCAAGCUGCCCACGGGCACAACUACGCUGCAGAAGCAAAUUAUUCUGGAUGACAUUAUUGAGGUGCUCAACUUGCAUUCGUGUCGACAUACGCUGGUCCGGGACAUUUCUGGCGGGGAGCACAAGCGUCUGUCCAUUGGCAUUGAGCUGGUCACGAAUCCGCCGAUUAUGUUCUUUGAUGAGCCCACCAGCGGACUGGAUAGCGUGGCCACCUACCAAGUGAUGGGCUAUUUGCAGAAGUUGGCGCACAACGGGCGAAUUGUGGUUUGUGUGGUGCAUCAGCCCAGCUCGCGGCUGAUGCAGCUCUUCGAUGACAUCCUAGUACUGGCCCAUGGUGAAGUGCUGUUUGCGGGCGCACAACAUGAGAUGCUGGAGAGCUUUCAGGCGGCUGGCUUCAGCUGUCCACAGUAUUACAAUCCAGCGGAUUUUGUGCUCGAGGUGGGCAGCGAGUCUUCCGCUCAGCGUUGCGAGACUUUGAUCACCCAAAACAAAUCCAAGUAUGAUAGCCUACAGAGCUUUGAUAGCGUUCCCGCGGAUGAGCAGACAGCUUUUCUUGACCUGUCGGAGAGCUCGUCCGUGCCUCAGGUGCUGCGGCCCAAGGAGCAGGUGGGAUUCUGGUACCAGCUGCGCAUACUUAUGCACAGACAUUUGCGUGCCAUGUCCAGGGAUACAAUUGCCGUGCAGAUGCGUGUAAUCAUGCACACUGUCAUUGGCCUGCUCUUGGGCGUGGUCUACUGGCAGAUCGGCAACGAUGCGAACAAGGUUAUCAGCAACGUCUCCUGCAUGUUCUUCAUCAUACUCUUUAUAUUCUCCGGCAAUGCCAUGCCCUCCAUACUGCUCUGCGUGCAAGAUGCGCCCGUAUUCAUCAGGGAGUACUAUAAUGGCUGGUACUCUGUCCGAGCCUACUAUAUAUCCAAGGUAUUGGCCGAUUUGCCGCUGCAAUUGCUGUGUCCGAGUUUAUUCAUAGGAAUUAGUUACUUUAUGACUGGACAGCCGCCGGACCUGGCCAGGCUCGCCAUGUGCUGGAGCAUGUGCGUGCUGACCGCGUUCAUUGGUCACUUCAUUGGCGUCAUUGGCGGCACCUUGCUCUCCAUGCAACUGGCUAUAUUCAUUGUACCCACCGUGUCCAUACCGUUCCUGCUCUUCUCUGGCUUCUUUAUACGCAUGCGCGAAUUGUCCUGGUUCUUGCGUCCCAUUUGUGAUUUCUCCUUUUUCCGCUACGUCUUCGAGGGACUCAUGCGUGCCAUUUACGGCUACCAACGCGGCGAUUUGCCCUGCCAGGAGGAUUUCUGUUAUUAUAAAUCAUCCGAGCACUUUCUCAAAGAUUUCGACAUGUCGGGAGAUAUGGUUCAUUCGGAUGUUCUGAUACUGGGACUAUUUCUACUCGUUCUGUUGAUCACAUUCAAUGUGUCGCUGCACGUGUGCAUCCGACGAGUUCUGUGAGAUGGAGGAACAGGAUUAAUUUAAGGGUUUUGGAGUUAUGUCUC